AUGAAUACUACUCCUAACAGAAGGUCACACGAGGAUGGUGGCAAUGGUAGUGGCAAUGUGGGCGGUAGCGGCAGUCAUAGUCACUCCUCUGCUUUGAAAUACCAACAUGAAGACCAUGGCACAUUCUCUAGUGUUGGGGGGAAGGUGGCAGCAUCAGCUAGGCAGGAGUACCAUGCUCCGUAUGAUAUGGGUCAGGAUGCUCGAAUGCCUAAGAUUAUGCCACGAAAUGAGUCGCGUGAUGUGGACAGGAGAUUGCCUUUGCCUCCAAAUAUGUUGUUCAGGGUAUCAUCGUCAUCAAAUGAAUCACUUUCUGAUCAUGUUGUUGGUUCAGAAAGCAGGCUGGAAUGGAGGGAUUCCAAAGACUGUGACAAGGAUAUCAAGGUUGAGAACCGUGAUGUUAUAGCUGAACCAAGGGAUUUGAACCAGAGUGGUAAAGGUGAUAACAAUGUGAAACAUGAAAGCCGAGUUGAUGACAGUAAAGAUGCAAAGCAUGAAAGGGGGGAUGCUUUUCCGGAACACAAAGGUGACAUUAAUCUGGAUAAGGAGGGUUUGAAUGGAUCUAAUAGUCGCUUGAAUUGGAAAGAUUCUAAAGAACACCAUGGAAAACAGUAUCCUGAUGCCCCUGGAGGAAGUGUGGACCCCUGGCAUUCCUCUCGUACAAAUGUGCAUGGCCCAAUUGAAGCUAGGAAGGAAGUCUCAAAUGUUGAGGACAGGGACUUUGCUGAAGCUCAUGAAGCUGUUGGAGAGAACAAGGUUGAUUUGAAAGGGGAUGAUAAGAUCAAAGACAAAGAUAGAAAGAGGAAAGAAGUGAAACACCGGGACUGGGUGGAAAGGGAAAGAGAAAGAGGCGAUCGUCGGAACAACUUGCAACUGGAAAAUAGCAGUAGCGAGAGCAAAGAGGUAGUAAGGGAAGAUAGAGAGUCUGAGAGGUGGGGGAAUGAAAAGAAAGAUCCUGUGAAAGACAAAGAAAAACUGAAUGACAGGGCAAAGGAUUAUGUGAAGAGGGAAGUAUGGAAUGGAGGCGAGAAAGAGGCUUCCCACAAUGAGAAAGAACCGAUGGACAUUUCUGGAAGAUCAACGGAGCAGGAAAAUUUGACACUGGAACAGAAGAAACAGAAAGAUCAUGAUAGCUGGAAGAACAUUGACAGGGGCACAAGAGACAGGAAGAAGGAAAGGGAUGUCGACAUAGAAGCCGAGAGACCUGAUAAACGCAGUAGGUAUCAUGAAAAAGAAUCAGAGGAAGGAGGUAUUGAUGAUGAAGGGAGUACAGAAAGGGAAAUAGAGGCUUUUAAUAGUGGUAUCCAGCAGCGAAAGAGGAUGCUUCGGCCAAGGGGCAGCCCUCAAAUGGGAAAUCGUGAACCUCGUUUUAGGUCCCGCACUCAAGAUAUUGAAGGGUAUGACUUUCCAUUUAUUGAAUGA